AUGUUCGUCAGAGCCACACAGAGAAACAAGGUCACCUCCUCGAUAUUUUCGUCGGCUUUUGCCGUCUGUUUCCUAUUAGUCGGGGCCAACUCUGUUCUUCCAUGUCCCGUUGACUCCGUCCAUGGAAACGAUGCGGUGUUAGACGAGAGAUUGAAACGCGCAAACCAGCAACAGAAAUAA